AUGCGUCUGCGUUCCGUGUCUGGGGAUCUCGGGCGCUGGCAGUUCUACCACCCCACCUCGCGCCGUGUUCUGUCCUCCCAGGACGUCACCUUUGACGAGUCGGUUCCCUACUACCGUCUCUUCCCCUACCGCACUGCGUCCCUCCCUCCCCCGCCGCUCUUCCUUACGCCAGGUCCCCCUCCGGUAGACCCCCUCCCCCCUCAGGGUCCUGCUCCCUCAGGUGUGUCCCAGGUAGAUGCAGUCGAGCCUGUCGAGGUAGCUGUUGACUCUGGUGCUGCUAGGGGUGCUGAGCCUGGGGGUGCUGGGUCUGGGGGUGCUGCGCCUGGGGGUGCUGAGCCUGGGGGUGCUGCGCCUGGGGGUGCUGAGCCUGGGGGUGCUGCGCCUGGGGGUGCUGAGCCUGGGGGUGCUGAGCCUGGGGGUGCUGAGCCUGGGGGUGCUGGGCCUGGGGGUGCUGUGUCUCGAAGUACGGCGCCUGAGGGUGCUGGGCCUGCUCGUGAGGCGUCUGGUGGUGCUGGGCCUGGCGGUGCUUCGGGUGCUUCGUCCCGGCGGGAGCUGCUCUCUCCACAGGAGCUGCGUGAGUGGUUCGCCCGGCGCUGGCGGCGUGCUGCUGGAGCUGGUGGUGCUGCGGACGCUGGAGGUUCUGCUGCUGCUGAGGGUGCUGGUGCAGAGGGUCCCAGAGGUGCUCGUACAGGGUGUACUGGAGCUGCUGGGCCUACGGGUGCUCCUCCUGCUGGAGCUGGUGGUGCUACUGAUACUAUUGGCGCUGGUGCUGCUGGUGCUCCUGGAGCUGGAGCUGCUGCGUCUUCGGGUGGUUUGCCUGGAGCUGGAGCUACUGGGGGUGUUGGCGCUGGAGGUGCUACUGGCGCUGGUGCUGCUGAGGGUGCUGGAGUUGGAGCUGCUGGAGCUGGGGGUCCUCCUGGUGCUGGUGCUCCCGUUGGGGGUGCUGGUGCUGUUCCUGCUGGCACUGGUGGCGCUGCGCGGCCGCGGCCGUACUUCGUUCCGCUCCUUGAGCAGGUUCUUGGUCUUCCGUCCUCUCUUGGUCCUGCUCCUCCCUUAGCGUGUCCGCCUCCUGUCCAGACUGAGUCACAGUUACAGCCGGCCUCCCCGCUUCCUUCUCCUUCUCCCUACACUGGUCCUACUGGAGGUCUUGCUGAGCGUCGUGAGCCUGCGUCUCGCCCUGCGUCGCCUGUCCGUGCUGCUCGCACUAGUGGUCGUGGUUCGCGUCAGCGUCCUCCCCCUGUCCCCGGCACGCACCGGAUGUCUCUGCGUCCUUCCACUGCUCCGCUGCGUGCCCCUUUGCCCUCUCCUCCCGCGUCCUCUCUUCCUGAGCUUCCUGACCCUGAGUCGGACUCCCUUCGUGCUGCGCGUCCUACUGUCACACGUCUCCUUGCUACUGUCGUCACUGACCCUUCCUUUGAGUCUACUGCUGCGUCUGCCCUCGUUGCUGAGCUUGUCGACUUCGCUGCUCGCUGUCGCCUAGACUACGCUGCCAGUCUCGUCGCUGAGUCUGAGUCUGUCUGUCCUCCGUCCGUCGGGGGUGAGUGUGCUCUUGGCACGGACGUCCUUGAGGACAGGCAGGAGGAGUUCCAGUGCUUGGCUGCUGCUUCACCUCAUCUCGUGUCCAUGCUGCUUGCCCCUGAGGGAGACCCGGAUGCACUUGACAUCCCGACUCCGCGCUCUUACGCGGAGGCGAUAGAGGGUCCCUACUCCUCUCAGUGGCAGGCAGCCAUGGACGCAGAGAUGGCUUCCUGGAAGUCCACAGGCACCUACGUUGACGAGGUUCCCCCGCCUGGGGCGAACAUCGUCAGUGGCAUGUGGAUUUUCAGGGUGAAGCGGCCGCCGGGUUCUCCGCCUGUCUUCAAGGCGCGUUACGUGGCUCGUGGCUUCAGUCAGCGGCAGGGAGUUGACUACUUUCAGACCUUCUCUCCCACCCCGAAGAUGACCACUCUUCGGGUACUGCUGCACAUAGCCGCUCACCGAGACUACGAGCUGCACUCUCUUGACUUCAGCACUGCUUUCUUGCAGGGCAGCCUGCACGAGGAGAUCUGGCUGCGCCGCCCACCUGGCUUCACUGGGACUUUUCCUCCUGGCACCCAGUGGAGCCUCCGGCGGCCAGUCUACGGUCUCCGCCAGGCACCUCGUGAGUGGCACGACACACUGAGGACUACACUUGCGGCUCUUGGGUUUGCUCCUUCUACUGCCGACCCGUCGCUGUUUCUGCGCACCGACUCUUCUUUGCCGUCGUUCUACAUCCUCGUGUACGUCGACGACUUGGUCUUUGCUACAGCUGACACUGCUGGACUUGCCUACGUGAAGUCCGAGCUGCAGAAGAGACACACGUGCACAGACCUGGGUGAACUGCGCAGCUACCUUGGCUUGCAGAUCACCCGGGACAGAGCACACCGCACCAUCAUCCUGACUCAGUCACACAUGGUGCAGCAGGUCCUUCAGCGCUUCGGCUUCACGUACUCCUCGCCUCAGGCCACUCCUCUGCCUACACGCCACUCGCUCUCAGCUCUGCCUUCGGAUGAGUCUGUAGAGUCGAGUGGCCCGUACCCAGAGCUUGUUGGCUGCCUCAUGUACCUGAUGACCUGCACUCGACCUGACCUUGCAUACCCUCUUAGCAUUCUGGCACGCUAUGUUGCUCCUGGGAGACACAGACCAGAGCACAUGGCUGCAGCGAAGAGGGUGUUGCGCUACUUGUGCAGUACGUCGGGCAUGGGGCUUGUGCUUGGAGGGCAGAGUCCAGUGGUCCUCACUGGUCACGCAGACGCUUCUUGGGCAGACGACCAGGCUACGCAGCGGUCGUCACAGGGUUACACCUUCAGCCUUGGUUCCGGCUCUGUUUCGUGGCGGUCUACCCGCUCGUCUUCUGUUCUCGGCUCCAGUUGUGAGGCUGAGAUCUACGCAGGGGCCAUGGCUGCACAGGAGCUACGCUGGCUCACCUACCUGCUGACUGACCUGGGAGAGCCGCCUCGUUCUCCUCCAGUGCUGUACGUAGACAACAAGGCCAUGCUGGCCUUGUGUCGGGAGCACAGACUGGAGCACAGAACGAAGCACAUCGCUCUUCGCUACUUCCUUGCUCGUGAGCUGCAGCAGCGUGGUCAGCUGCGCCUUGCUUACGUGGCCUCUCAGGCCAACACUGCUGAUAUCUUCACUAAGGCACUCGCGCCUUGUGAUCAUCAGCGCUUCUGCACUCUGUUAGGUCUUGUGCCUACCUUGCCUCACUUGCUUACUUCUUGA